UAGUAAACCCAAAUUCGUUAUGCACGAUUGUAAUAUCCAUUGAAAUCAUUAGAACUAGGAGAAGAGAUUCUGAAAAGUGUUGAGAAAGAAAUUGAGAAGAACCUACGAGGAAGGAUAGAGAAAGAAUCCCAUCAAAAGUUCUUCAUGUACCAAGCGAGAAAAAGGCGGGAAGCCGAAGAGGACGCUCAACGACUACACGAAAAAUACGAGAACUAUUUGAGAAAUGUACAAAAGGAAUUACAAGAACAGAUAGAAAUCGAAUGGGCAAACGUGACCGCUGCAAAUACCAAGAAUCUCCAAAAAGCAGUUGUACAAGAACGGACGAAGGUGGUCCAUGAAAUGAUGAAAAAGAUGCGCACUGAAAUAUCUCACGUCGUCCAAACGUUGUACAAAGAUUUUGAGGACUCUUUUCGUGCUCAAAGAGAAAAUAUAAUUGCUGAUUUCAAUCAGAUCAUGAGAGAGAAACAUGUACAAUUAAACAAGAACAUGCAUGAAUUCGAGAAGAGAUUGAAUAAGGAAUUGUACAUUCAGAGGCAUCAGCUUGAAAUGCAAAAUGCAGUUGAGAUAAUCUAUCUUCUUUGUUUGGAACGGUUUCGAAGUGACAGGGAUAAGCAUGCCAUACAUAAAUACUUCGAGAUAAAUAAUCCGGAGGAAUCGACCGAUUGCUGUGAUCUCCACAAAUGUAAAUUUUGGAUGUUGAUAGAAACCGGAUGGCUGAUACUAUCUUUUACCCUAUGCAAGGCAUUUAUGGUGACUCACUCAUUAGAUGAAUUAUUAAUAUCUGCUAGUGCAAAGUUUGAAAUAACUGCUAAGAGAAUAUUCACUCCUCAAGGUGGAGAAAUUGAUGAUAUUAAGUUAAUCCGAGACGACGAUGUCUUAUAUGUUUCAAGAGGAGAAGAUUUUAUUGCAAAGGAUAAGAUUUGUACACAAGGUCAAUUGAAUAUACAUCCAGAAUGGAUUACAUUAAAUGUUGGAGGAAAAUAUUUUACUACAACUAGGGAUACUUUAACAAAAAAGGAACCAAUGAGCAUGUUGGCCAGAAUGUUUAUUGACACCGCAUGUAAUGAACAAAGAAUGGUACCUAGUAGACAGGAUCAAAAAGGAGCAUUCCUAAUUGACAGAAGUCCAACAUAUUUUGAACCAUUACUAAAUUACUUAAGACACGGAGAAAUAAUACUUGAUGCCAAUGUGAAUGUAAAAGGAGUCUUGGCAGAAGCGCGUUUUUAUGAGAUCGAAAGUGCCAUUAAAAAAUUGCAUGUAAUACUUCAUAAUGACGAUUUUGAAAAAAGUGAUUCCGAGCGUUUAACUCGCAGAGAUGUACUUAAAGCAAUUAUGUCAACACCAACUACUUCAGAACUUAGAUUUCAAGGUGCUGUUUUCUAUGGUGCUGAUCUAUCAAAAUUAGAUCUUAGGAAUAUUAAUUUUAAGUAUGCAAAUUUGCGAGGCUGUAAUAUAGAGGGUGCAAAUCUAUCAGGUUGCUGCUUUGAACGAGCAGAUUUGUCUGAUGCAAACCUGCAAGGUGCUCAGUUAGUUUGUGUUAAAAUGCAGUGUGCAAAUCUUGCUGCUGCCAACCUUCAGUCGUGUAAUUUUGAAGAUCCCGGUGGUUUACCCGCUAAUAUGGAGAGUGUGAACCUUAAAGGUGCUAAUCUAGAAGGCAGUAAUAUGGCUGCGGUAAAUCUUAGGGUAGCAACAUUAAAAAAUGCGAUUCUAAGAAACUGUAAUCUUAGAUCGGCAGUACUGGCUGGUGCGGAUUUAGAGUGUUGCGACUUGUCAGGAUCGGACUUAGAAGAUGCCAAUUUACGCGGUGCGAAUUUAAAAGAUGCUGUUUUUGAACUGAUGUUAACGCCAUUACAUAUGUCUCAAACGAUACGAUAGGUUAUUUCAGCUUCUGUGAUUUAGAUAUUUAUUUAAUGUAUGGGUUAAGAAUUUUAGUGAUAUUGUUUGAACGUACUAUUUUUCAAGUAUCAGCAGCUUGCGUAAUUUAUCAGUCGUCAACAAUGAUAUUUGACUAUUACUGUUAUAUUUACAGAAAUUAACAACUAUAUUAUAUGAAUGAUUUAUCGUGAAACGAUAAAAAAACGAUGUAAAAUAUAUUUUUUUCAUAUGCGACGAAUUUGUAAGUUUAAUAUAUUUAUAUGUGUGAUAAUAUAUACAGAAAUGUCUAAAUAUUUUCUUUUUUUGUAUAUAUCAUGACUAUUUAGGAUCUCACAGUUUAUGUAUGUAAGACUGUAAAUUGAACGAAUGUACAAUAAUUGAAUACAUUAUUAUACAGUAACAAAAU